AUGUACAUAAUAGACGAGGAGCUGGACCGGCGUCGCAAUCUUGACGGGAUGAAUGUCGGUGUUUGGCCUGCCGCUCGUGUCCGGGUAGCUGAGCGAAUGAUUGCCAAGCUCGAGAAAGACGACCCGAAAGACGACGUGAACGAUGCGGUUGAAGGAGGAUCAGGCAUUCAGGUCAAAGGGUUUGAUCAGUUCCACCGGGAAUGGGAUACGAAAUUCAGGCAACCGAUGGGAUAUUUCUGCGAAUGGAUUGACCUGCUCCUGACAGGACGGGUGAAAAGAUUAACGGGCAAUGACGCUCCUAUGCGUUGCUUGCAGCAUUCAGUCGUCGAUCUCGUCGAGAAUCUGGACCGCAAACACGCGUACAUCCCAAAAACCGGAGAAAGCCUGAAGUGUCGCAAGUCGACUGUUUACUAUUCCGGCCGAGCUCGAGGUGCCUUGGAACGACUUCAAGAAGAGAAAGUCAACCAUAUCAUGAAGAAGCACAAGACCCAAAAUGGCACCCCAAGGAAGAGGGCUGUUCAGGUCGACAUGGUCCUGGCCUCCCUCAAGAAGACCGUCGAUGAUCUCACUGCUGAGGUUGCUACCAUGGAGGCUGAGAAAGAGGGCCUUUCUGGCAAUCCUAGGGGUGUCAAGACCCGUCAGAUCAAUGGCAAGAAGAAGGCCUUGUCUGAUGCUAAGGAUCGCCUGGCUGAGUAUGUUCAGUCCAAGGGUGCUGGAAACUAG